AAUCUUAAAAAAAAAAAAAAAAGAAUGUACAGCCAUGCCCUUUGAGACUGUUGGCUUGCUUGCUAACUUUGUGUGCUGUGUGUAUGUCAUAUGAUCAAGUUCAAACCAUUUACGAUAAGCCGCCUCCUCCUAUGGUCGCCGUCCUCCCCUGAGCAACCACUGCUCACAGUUUCUUGUGGGCCACUGUGUAUCUGUUCUGUGCUUCCGCAGCAUUUCCACUUGGCACACACAGCUUGGUUUAAAUUUAUUCCUCCUAAAUGCGGAUUCCCUUCCCUAAGCAUCAAAAAACAAGUAAUUGGUGGUGUAUAUUUCAUGUUUCAGGUGAGGGGACAAAGACUGAGAAUGGGAAGGUGGUUGUAGAGACAGAUGCUCACGGAGGAGCGGAAUCAUCUGGGAAAGUGUCUGAACCUGUAGAACCUGGUCCUAAGGACCCUAACUUGGAACAGCAGCAGGUCAGGCCCACGGAGAAGACUGAGUGUAAAUGCUUAGAAUGUGGGGAGGGCUUCACCCAGAGCUCAGACCUGAUUGGACACGAAGGGACACACACAGAAGGAAAGCUCUGUGGCUCUGAGGCUUGUCAGAGCCCCAGGCCUGUGGCACAUCAGAAAGUCUGCUCAAGAGAGAAGGGUCAUCAGUGUCACGAGUGUGGGAAAGCCUUUCAGAGAAGUUCACACCUUGUCAGACACCAGAAAAUCCAUCUUGGCGAGAAGCCUUAUCAGUGCAAAGAGUGUGGAAAGGUCUUUAGCCAGAAUGCAGGCCUUUUGGAACACCUCAGGAUCCAUACUGGAGAGAAACCUUACCUGUGCAUCCACUGUGGGAAGAACUUCAGGCGCAGCUCCCACCUCAACCGACACCAGAGAAUUCACAGCCAGGAAGAGCCCUGUGAGUGCAAGGAGUGUGGGAAGACCUUCAGUCAGGCCCUUUUCCUCACGCACCACCAGAGAAUCCACAGCCACUCCAAAAGCCAUCGCUGUAACGAGUGCGGGAAAGCCUUCAGUUUGACCUCGGACCUCAUCCGCCAUCACAGGAUUCACACCGGAGAAAAGCCUUUUAAGUGUGCCAUAUGCCAGAAAGCCUUCCGACUGAACUCCCACCUGGCCCAGCACGUGAGAAUCCACAAUGAAGAAAAGCCCUAUGAGUGUAGUGAGUGUGGCGAAGCCUUCAGGCAGAGGUCGGGGCUUUUUCAGCAUCAGAGAUAUCACCACAAACACAGUCCGCCUUGAUGGGGCAUCCUGUCUGUGGGAACAUCAGGGACAGUACGUUGACAAGCAAGCAGCACUUUAGGAAGAGUCACUCCAGCCGGUUCGAGCCUCUGAGAACUCCAGGGGCCAAGCCGGAGGCUCUGCCCGUUCACGUGUGCUUAGGUGCAGAGCACAAUUAUUUGACCCUUGAUGGGACUAUGGGAACAAGCGGAACAGCAUUCUUCACUGCAGGACUUCUCUGAGCCUUUAACUUGGUAAACAUAUGAUUGCACACCUCCAAGUAGUAGAGACCCUCAUGAUGGGUGAGGACUUUGAAGUCAGCAGUGAGUCACCCAAGUACCUAUGGAUUUAUAGGCUUGAAUGGAGCCAGAGCAGGCCGAUACGUUUGCAUCUGCUACAGCAACAGCUAUAAAGUAAAACUAAAGAUGUUUGGAAAAUCCCACUCUCAAAGGGAUCUUAAAGUGCAGGUUAAGGUUGGCAUUUUCCCCUACUGGCUUUACUAACCACCCCUGCGGGCAUCCCCCCACCUUCCCCCACCUCAGUCAGCUGAAGCAUUUUAGAAAGCAAAGAAAAUUUAAUUCGACCACUUCUCACCCCAUUCUUGUCACAAUACUUCACUGAUUCGAGUUAGAAAUCAGGAUUUUAUUUCAAGUAUGGAAGAGACUUAAUAAGUCAUUUCAACGAGUAGUGCUGAGUUAAAUCAGGCAGCAGCUGUCUUGCUCGGUAACUCCAGUGCCAGGUUAGUGGCUCCUGCACAGAUGCUGUUUAAUAGGUGGAGAAAGAGAUUAGACAUUUUUCCUUAAAGAUUGAUAAUGCAACUUUAUUUUAUUUUUUUUAAAGAUUUUAUUUAUUUAUUUGAGA